AGUAAAUUGAGCGAAUGCACAUUCAUCAGAAUUCGCCCUUUAAUAUCGAUUGUUGUUAAGACAUUCAUGAGAAUAGUCGCCUUCGUUCCGUUGUGUUUGUUCAAGCAGUCAACAGCGCUUGCUAACCCUGGUUUAUUUUGAGGACAGGUUUUCUUGUAAGGCGACACUUUUAGUUGACAGACAAGGGAUGACAGUCAUUCUGACCAGGCAAGUGUUCACGUUAGACGUACAUAUGGAGCCCGAGGCGUCUGAUACUGGGAUUAAUAUUAAAUAAGACACACCUUUGUAUACGCACAAAUUACGUAAUUUAAUGUAUGUUUAAUUUAUAUCAAGUUUUCAGAUUUACACGUUUGGAAAGUAUUGUGAGAAUAUUUUGAAAGGGCGUGUUGCAUUCAAGGCUUUCGUGAUUAAAUCAAAAAUAAUCUUUGGCUGCAUAAGGAGUGAGAACGUGUUUCAUGCAAAACAACGACUCAGUAACAGGCAUUUUGGGUGCUAAAUGUCAAUGUAAUGAAUGCUGAAUUAAUUCAAUUAGCCAUGUAAAUUAUGAGCCUAACUGAACUCCCUCAGAUGUGAAUUCAUUUACUGAUGGCCAACCAAAGCCUCUCUAUGGUCAUGACAUCAGACAAUGCUUCGGUCGGAACAAUUGUAUCAAGUCUGAGGACAUAUUGCCGGGAUCAUUUGGAUGAAGAAUACUGACUGGUCAGUUACAUUUGCUGAAGUCAACCCGUGCGCGAAAUGUCAACAAGAGUCAAAGUCCUCGGUAAUGACAUCGCCAAAUUAGCUCUGUAGACAGUGCUGCCACGUAGUGUCCGUGUGCGUAAACUAAUCAGGACCAUGGUCAGCGCCGCGCCAUCUACCGUCUAAAACGCCAAAAGAAUACAUGGACCAUCGCAUCUAUUCAGCUUUUGCUCCCCGUACAAAUUCUCCAAGGCUGCUGACGACCACAGCCUCUGAAUCACAGCCCGAACCAAGAAUGAAGGGAGCGCUUGACGUCAGUUGUGAGACUCAUCCCCUGGACCAAUCGCACACAAACAACCAGACGCCGCUGUCUGUGAAUUGCCAAUGUUAUUAGUGGAAUGACAACCCAAGGCUAAUCGCGCCCCCGGUAAGAAACUAAGACGAAUUGAUGACACGGGAGAAGAAACAAAAGCAACCAAACGAGUUCGUCUCCGCCACUUCUCCGAAUUCCUCCCCAAAGUACCUUGCUACAUGAUGCACGGUGCUUUCUUGUACGAGACCAUCUUUUCUUCACUUGAAGGAAGAGAGAUGGAGACUCCCGCGGACCUUCUGUGAUUCAUCCUCAUGCCGCAGCAAUGAGUAACUCUCUCCAGAACACCUCUUCCUCACUCUCGGCCGGGCAGGAGGGCAGGAACGCGUCCCCCACUCCAGCCUGGGAACUGCGGCCCAUCCCUGUUAACCCGUGGGAUGUGGCACUGUGUGUCGCGGGCACGCUGGUGUCAUGUGAGAAUGCGGUGGUGAUCGCCCUGAUCGUCUACACGCCCACGCUCCGUGCCCCCGUGUUUGCCCUUAUCGGGAGCCUGGCGCUGGCUGACCUGCUCGCCGGCCUGGGCCUCAUCCUUAACUUCGUGGUGACGUACCUGAUCAACGCGGGCUUCGUCACGCUGCUGUCGGCUGGCCUUCUCAUCACCGCCUUCUCCGCCUCUGUACUCAGCGUGCUGGCCAUCACGGUGGACCGCUACCUGUCGCUCUACAAUGCGCUCACCUACCACACAGAGCGCACAGUGACCUUCACCUAUGUCACACUGGUGCUGAUGUGGCUGAUCAGUGCCACCCUGGGCUCACUGCCUGUACUGGGCUGGAACUGCCUGGGGGACGAGGCCACUUGUAGUGUUUGCCGGCCAGUGAACAAGAACAACGCCGCCGCGCUGGCCGUCUCCUUCCUGCUCAUCUUCGCGCUCAUCUUGCAGCUGUACCUCCAGAUCUGCAAGAUCGCCUUCCGGCACGCGCAGCAGAUCGCUGUGCAGCACCAGUUCAUGGCUACCUCGCACGCGUCUUCCACCACCAAAGGGGUGUCCACGCUCUCUGCCAUCCUGGGCACAUUUGCACUCUGCUGGGUCCCCUUCGCUAUGUACUCCCUGGUGGCGGACACGCACUACCCGGCGGUCUACACUUACGCCACCGCCCUCCCAGCCAUUUGCAACUCCAUCAUAAACCCCAUCAUAUAUGCCUUCAGGAACCCAGAUAUUCAGCGGUCGCUGAGGGUGGCCUGCUGCGGGUGCAUGCCGCACAGCUUCACCCUGCGGCCCAGGACACCGAGCGACGUGUGAUGUUCCCUGAGGGCGAAUUAAGCCCGCGGCAGUAACUGCAGAUCUUAAAGCACAUAAAUGGAUCCGCAUAUUGUAUUCUAUGUGUGUGUGGGAGUCACUGUCUGCGAUAUUUGGGUGUAAUAGUUUUAAAUCAUGUAACAAUGUGCCAAUACGUAUAGUUUGUGUUUAGUGUUUUUUGUAAUGUCGUUUGACUGUAUUUCAGAUGCUUCAAGUUAAAUAUUAAGAACCAGCCCAUCCAAAGUGAGAUGGUAAAUAGUAUAUGUGUAAGGAGCAAAAAUAAAUGUAGCGUGAAUCCUUUUUUGGCCCGUUGCCUUUUAGCACUGAGAUGCCUACAGGCUUUCCAGGCUGCCAACGAAAACUGAUGGUCAUGAAUGUUAACUUCAAUGCUGGCAAUACCUAUGAAAUAUUUGUAUAUUCACAACUAGUAACUCAGGCUGAGAGACACGCUUGUAAGCUUGAAAUGCUGCCAGCACUGGAUAGUGCCUGCUGGAUGAGUCCUUAGGCAUAUUUCAGCACCACAGACAGUGAACGUCAUUUCUGCAACUGCGCAUGGCAUAGCACCAUUCAUAAAUGAUAUGGAAAAGGGGAGACCAUGCAUGCAUGUACAAAGUCCUGGUUCUCAAAGAAUAUUACAGCUUUUUCUCCAAAGUUUCCACUAGAGUGCAUUUAGGUAGAGUAUUAUGCUAUUCCGUUGUGGCAUGACACUCUGUAUUGCUGUGGUUAGCAAUGCGCGUGUUCCUGGCAUAUGUAUAUCAGUACAAUACCGAUAUAGCUUAAAUUUUCAGUCAGACAGUGUGCUAUUUAUAUUCAUAUUCAAAACUGCUUAGUUGGACACGUUUGAGGUUCAAUCAGUCAAGCUUGGUAGGAUAGUUUUUGCAUCUCUUGGUUGUAAUUGUUGGGGCACUGUCUUUAUGUUGAAAACAUAUUAGAAGGUGACUGUUUUUCUGUAACUUAGACCCAUAGAUUCACCUUUUUUAAAGCAGAAUCGACUGAACGCGAGUUACGUCAAAUGAUGUCAGUCGGACAGAGUUGGAGAGCAGUGGGAAUCUGAUUCAUUUUGCCUUACAUGUUCUUAAUGGCAAUAAUGCACCAUACUGUGUCUAUGAAUCAUGAGUAAUAACAUUCUUUUAUAAGCCUAUUGGAGGCAAAUAACACUGCUGUAUGCUUGCCAUCACAUUUGUGAUAAGUAGACUGCUAGCCUAUAAGGCCAGUGUCACAGAACAUGUGCAGAACUAUCAUACUCAGUACUGUGCACUGCAAAUGGAUCUUGUGGUGUAUUCUUGAGUUUGUGUGGGAACGUUGUUUGCAUCAUCUCUUUGUUUUGGACUCAUUCUGCAAAUAUGUGGGUAGAUCGGCCAAAGAGCUAAUUUCAAAAAUCUCAAUCAUGGGAUGUGAAUUGUGGAAAUCAGACUAUUUCUAAUAUUUUCUCUGUCAUAAGAUAUCAACAUGUUUGAAUGUAUGGUGCCAAGAUUUUUUUUCAGUUGAGCAACUGUGCUGGUCUCUACCAUGAUUGAUUUUGUAAGACACAUUCUCAGUUGCAUCUUGGUUAAAGUCAAAUAUUUGUCCAAAAUAUUAACAUAGAACUAUAUUUUUGUACAGUCUUUAGAAUGCUUGAUACCAUGCAAUAUUGCUGAUUACCUGGGUGUUUAUCUAAUGUUGGCCUUUUAUGGUCCAUAUUUGAACUGUGUUACCAAGAUGGGUUUUGACAUGUAAGUACUUAAUGAUUAUUUCUAUAAAUAUCACAUUGC